UAUCCGUUCUCUCGUUAUCCUGCUGACGGACGGACGGACAGACAGACAGACAGACAGACAGACAGACAGACAGACAGACAGACGGACAAAGUCUUCACAUAAAGUAGCUGAAGCUACUUAAUAAAGAAUUAACAUUAUGUAGGAUUCAACAUGCUAUUCUGUCCAUGUCCAAAUGGGAUUUAGACUGACAUUUUCUUAUCACUUGUCAAGUGGCAAAUGUAGAUAAUUCAUUUAUGGUGAAAAUUUUAUAGGUGGAUUAAUAGACUGUAUGUAUGUACAUACGUCUCGUAUCUCACGUCUCGUAAUAUGUACAAAAUUAUGAACAUAAUACAUAUGUACAUAGCAUCUUAACCUAACCGAACCUCGAGAGUGAUUUUAUCGUGAAGAAGUAUGUACUUCAUAAUAUUAAAGUGCACAAAUCUGCUGUCCCUCAAAUCGAACAUCAAUCCUGUGUUUAUUGUUGUUACUGUGAACUUGGUAGACACUUGAAUAAAGCUUAAUCAAUCAAUCAAUCAAUCAAUCAAUCAAUCAAUCAAUCCAUCUAUAAACUUGUUUUUAUACAAAUGAAUUAUCCACAUUUGCCACUUGACAGGUUAUAAGAAAAUGCCAGUCUAAAUCGCAUUUGGACAUGGACAGGACAGCAUAUUGAAUCAUAAUGCUAAUUCUUUAUUUGUAGAGUGGUGUGAUGUGCAAACUAAAACACCAUCCAGCUCAAUGAUAAUUCUCAUAAGCCAGGAAAAGUCAAUAUGAACGUAUUGUAAAUUGCCAUAUGUUCAGACCAACUGACUCAUUUGGUAAAUUUGAAUGUUUAUGAGUUUAUAAGAGGAGUGUACUCAUGAACUAAUACAAGCACUGGCUCACAUAAGCACCUAAUGUUUUUCAAGUAAACAGGUUGUAAAACAUUUACCUUUUUUGAUAACUAAAUGAAGUAUUUCGGAGUAUGCAUUUGUGCUCAAAGGUUAAUGUCUUACUAAAGUGGGAUAAAUUUGCUAUUUCAGAAUUUUUUUGGAGUGAAGAUAGAAAACCAAUACUCGACUUUAGUGUACAGAAAACGGAACUUGUUCGUGACCUUGAAAGAAAAGGAACCUACAUAUAAACGCCCAACCGAAGUAACCAGUGUCAAGUUUCCUUAUCAACAAUCACCAUGGAUCCUCUCUCGCGGGAAAUUUUUUCUCUAUCCAAAUCAUACAACGGAUCGCAGGCCCGGAGCAGACUUCAGGAUAUCUUUGAAAAUCUUCGCGCCUCAAAAAUGAGUCAGGUCCAGUUCAUCACGACUAAUUUUAAAACUCUCAUUCGAAUAUCUCGGUUAUUUGGCGUUCCUUUUGAAGUAUUUAUUUCCAUGCUAGAAACAGUAAUUAGUACAAUUACCUAUGAAGAGUACGAUGAGAACAUACCUACUUUGCUACAAAUUUUGUCCGCUUUAAACUAUAACGUAAAACAUUUGGACACUAAAUUUAAUGACACGGAGAAUUCCGUGUUAGCAGAAAAGAUUAGACUUUUAGAAAAACUGUUAUUAUCCUCCUCUCUACGGCCUGCCGUACAGAAAGUGCUUUCAGAAUUAGUAAAGGGCUAUUUAGACUUUUUAAAAGCUUUAGAACGUCCUUCAAAUUUGACGGUUGAGGAAAUCCAAAAUUUAAACAUUUCUAAUGUCACAAAACAAGAAUUGCUGAAAUUCAUUGGAGCCAUUGAUAGUAGCGAGUUUAUCGUCGAUUUCGAUGAUUACGUUACUUCAGCUAAAUUUCCACAAAGCACAUUGCAAGUUUUUCAAUACGAGGAGGAAAAAACACAAGUUGAUACUGCUCUUUUAGCAGAAAUGGAUUACAAAGACAUUUUCUAUCACGUGGAAAGUAGUAAUUCACAAUUGGAGUCGGCUCCCCCAUUAGAACCCACAACGGGAAGUGGGAGGGGUCUAUUUGAUAAAGUUUUUACUCAAAUUCUUAUGCCAAGCAUUCUCUUACAACGGGCUGAAACUCGCUGCCUAAAUUUAUCUGAGCUUCAGGAGGUAGAACAGUGUCUGAAACGUUCGGUAUCUGGAAAUUUAUUAUCUCCUUUGAAUCCACAAAUAGCAUUACAAACUCUAACUGUUGCUUCAAAAAAGCAGCUUUUUCCUACUGAAACAAUAGAUGUACUUUUUGCUGCUUUAAAUAAUGAAUAUUGUCAAGCUCCAUGUCUCAAAAUAAUUAAACAUUAUCACGCCCAUGAUAAAAUUGAAUGGACGGACAAGAAUUUAAAUAUAUUGAAAGGAUUAGUAAUCGAUGACCACGAAAUUAUUGGAGACUAUGCUUACCUUUUGCUAGAACACGAUUCCAUUAGUCCCGAAUAUUUAUGUCACGCAGUCAUCACUUGCUUCAGCCAUAAUGUUGUGAACGGUUUUGAGUCGGGAAAAUUGGAGGAAGCCUUCCUAAAAAUUGUUAGGAAUGAAAGGAAUGACAUUGUCAAUAGUAAAAUUAGCGAAAUUAUUAAGUGCCUACACUCACUAAGUUUUCACAUCCAGCUACGAAGAAUUUCGGCAAGAGCUUUAAUAUCUUUUCUUGAAAAUAAGCAAUCGCCUAAAUUAUAUUCGGUUUGGCCAGAAAAUUUAAUGAACAUGACUAAACAAACUGAAGAUGUUGAGCUAUCAGAAUUGCUAAAUAUUUUUAUAAUAUUAAUAAUUGACCAACAACAACCUACAACUAAUACUGGUCUUGACCAUCUUGUACGGUCUGUAACACGAGAAAAAGAACUCUUUUCGUCAAAACUUUUGGUCUAUUUGGCAUAUGUCAGGAAAAAUGAAAUCAUUCCGAAUUUGUCUUCUUUAAUUCCUUUCCUUACUAGUGAUAGAGUAGUUCAAAAAAACAAUACGCGCCAUAUUCAAAAUACUUCUGAUACCGUAACUCUAAGCAUGUCACUAUCCUUACUGGCCGCAACUGUUAUUUGCCAAUCAGGGAAAGCAUACGAGGACGCAAGCGAAAAUCAACGGAUUAACGUUGGGCUCACCAUAGAUCAUGUCGAGUCUAUAUUAAAAUUUGUUUCCAGUAAAGGUCGGGAACAUUUGGAUUCUAAAAUUUUGCUGUCUAGGUCCAUCAAACAAAUCGUACUUAUGGCAAAUGCACCGCUUGAUAAAUUAAUAUACUUGAAAUUGCAAUCCUUCAUAACCCGUGCAGACUGUCAUAAUGAAAUUAGGAUAGAAUUGAUCCAUAUUUUCCUAGACUUGUUACAAAGUCAAGAAAACAUUCCGGAAUCCAUAUUUCAAUUCUUACCCGAUUUGCUAAACUAUGUUUCCACGACUGAUGUUGUUUUUAAAAUCAUUCAAAUCCUUAAAACAUCGGUGAUCUUCAACUUGGAAAAUAAAAUAAACUCGACAUUUUCAGAAACCCAUUUUCCCUUAAUUGAAAUCGGAUUGUCAAGUCCGCUACUAGACUUGAGAAAAAUAUCACUUGAACUUGUACACGAAUACCAUAGACAAAAGCAAUUUGUGCCAUUAUCAAGGAAAAUUGUUUCAUUUAUUGAAACCAAUUUCUUAUCAAGUGAUAAAGAUUUGCAAGAUGUAGUUUUAUCCGUAAUGCACAAAGUUGUGCAGAACAAAGUUGUUCUUUCUGAGGAAUGUGUAUAUGGCAUUCAUAAUUUCCGAUUUAUGGAGGGUUGUCCUUAUGCUGUUUAUGAAUUGCAUGAAAUCCUCUGUAAAAUUAAUGAGAACCAACAUCUCCCGGACAAUAUAUUUUUGUCAGUGGAGAUGGAUCGCGCAGUUGAUAUUCUUAGAGAUGCGAAGUAUGACACAGAAUCGAACGGUUGCUUAGACUUUUUAAUGCAAUCAAUUGAAUCAGGCUAUUCCGUGACUUUGUACUUUUUUACUUCAAUUUGUCCCAUUUUAGAAAGGCAAUCACCUUCAAAAAAAAUCAAAUGGUAUCAAAUUUUAAACAAAAUUGCGAAGAAUUCGCAAAAAUUUCCUGUCAAGAUUAUUGCAGCUUUAGAAACAACAAUUAAUCCUGACAAUGUGGAUUGUAUGGCAGACUUAUUUACAGAGAUAGUUGAGCACACCAAUUAUCAAUUUUCAGAGAAGACAUGUAACAAUUUUGCAAAUUAUUUUUCAGACUGUGCUGAGCAACAAAAAAAUCACAUUGCCCAAUUUCUUCUUGUAAAUUCUAUUCAGACGCGAACCUCAGUGUCGAAUGAAGUGCUUUCCUACCUAUUUGAUUGCGCACCUGAAAAUUUGUUCCUAAUUUUUGCAUAUCUUGAAAAUAUUUGCGAAUUUACGGAUCUGAUUGACAGUAAAAAGGUGAUCGAUUUUUUGCUAAAAUUGCAAAACCCAACUGAAUUUUCAAACGGUUUUGUUCAUAGUGUUGAACUUCUAUGUAAGAAAGGAAUAGUUUUACGAAAAGAAAUUGUUGAUCGACUUUAUCAAAUAUUUAGCGAUACUUCCGUUAACCAUUUGACAAAAUUUGGCAUCAUUAAAAUAUAUGACAAAUAUAAAAUCGUAGAUCCCAGGAUCCCUUCAAACUUAAUGUCCUGUCAUCAAAAUGUUUCUAAAAUUUUCGACAUCUCCAAAACCCCGAGAGAUGACUUGCAGUCAUUAUUAGAUGGAAUUGAAUUCAAUACCGAGCCAAUUCCUGAAUUUGAGUGGCAGCGUAUAAUAUCUUGUUGUGUUGAUGCUAGUGUACCAAUAAAUGCAUUGGUGUUUGCGAUAACGCAAAAAAUGAUUUUUUACGGUUGUGCCCUACCCAAUGAAUUACUUGACACAAUUUACAAUUAUGAAAUUGACCCAGAUUUAAGAAAUAAUUUUUUUACCCAGUGUGACAAAUGUAUUAUUAAUAUUUCGCCUCAUAUUAAUAUUAAAGAAGAUAAAGUCUCGUCUGGGGAACGAUUUUCCGAUCAGUCACCAAACAAUUUGGUUUGCGAAUCUGAAUUACAACAGAUUUUAGAAAGAUUAAAAGCAGGAAAUUAUAAUGACAAGUUUUGCCAAGUCGAUUUAAGUAAAGUAUUAAGCCAAAAAUGUCACCAUCCUCAACUUGUAUCGCAGAUUUUAUCUUAUCUCAUCAUCCUAAAAAGGUGCCGUGUAAAUACGGAGGUCGAAAAAACAAUUGAGGAUUUCUUUUUUAACGAAAAAGUGCAAAUUACAAAAUCUCUGCUGCUUUGCUACAAAUUCAUGAUUAGAGAAAACUUUUGUCUUAAAGUAGACCAGGUACUUAAAAAAAUAAUGGUUAAAAGCCGCAAGUCUCAAUGCCCUCUGGAAACGGUUGAAUGUAUACUAGAAGCGGAAAAGAAUGGUUUGGUAUUACCAGAUAAUGCAAAAUCCUUUUUUACCCGACAAAACAAUUUAUGCGAAAAAAUAAAUUUUACAAAAUUUUACAAAAACAACUUAGAAAACGAUGUGAUGAUAAAGGUAAAUGAAAACUCGGUUUGGAAGCUGAUCUUCAAAUGUGUUUGCAAGCAAGACAUCACACAAGAAGAAGUUACCGCAGUUUUUAACUUAUUUGCACUCCAUCUCGCAGAGAUGGAUGGUACUCGGUCUGAAAAACUCGUAGAAAUUUGGACCUCCGUUAAGGAUUAUGUCGACGUGGCAGAAUUUCUUCCAGAUUUAUUUUAUUUCGAAAAGAAACAUAGGCUGGGGUUCGACAUAAUUUUUACUUAUUUAACCGUGAUUUCAAUGUUUCCAGAAGUUCAGGCAGAAAUUUCCCAUUUUCUUACAUUUUCUGAUAACAAAGGUCAAAUUAAUCAAAAAAUUGUUUCCUGCAUGUGGCUUGCUUUUGUAAAGAAAUUAAGUGGAAACAAUGAGUGUACUACUUCACAAGAAGAACUUGCUUUCAAGUUGCAAGAAAUUUUCCCAGAUUUUUUACACGCAAUCAAUUUAUGUUCAAUUACAGCGGAGGAAAGAUCUUCAAUUUCAAUGUUAAACGAAAUUGUUAAUUUCAUCCAUGUUUUCAAAAUACAGCCAGACGUGUACAUUAAGAUUUUAACUGAGAGCAAAACCAUCCAGGAAUUUUACAACCUUUUAAAAACGGAGAGGAUUUUGAGUAGGGUGGAGAAUAUUGAAUAUGCAGAUAUAUACAGAAGUUCACUCCUUGAGAUAAUUAGCGAUGGCUUUGAUUUUAGACAACUUUCGCAAUUUAUUUCAAUCUUAACCCCAAAAACAAAUUGGGAAGCAAAAGCACUUAGAAACGUGAUUGAGUUGAUAGCUUUCUACAAGUAUAAAAAUAUUGUUUCGCUUGCGAAUGAUUUAAAAAACAGAAAAUCUGAGACUUGGGUUGCACAUGCGAAUAAAAUGAUUUGGAGAGACGAUGGUGUACAAGUGAAAUCUGGGCAAAAAAUCGUCGAAGAAUAUUUUGCAGAUUCGAAAAAUAAACCAAAACACUUGGAAGGAAAUGUCGCAGGACAAAAUCAACUUUUAAAAAAUCUUGUUAAAAAAAAAUUAAACAAAAUUCUAGACCAAAAUAUGACUUCAAGCUUGAAACCUGAAUUUGGCCUCAUUACAGAUUGGACAGAAAACCAGGUUAACUCCUGGGCUACAGAUUUUAGAAAUCAUUGUCAUGAGUAUCACAACUGUUCAAUUACUGAAAUUUUAUCCGUUAUUUACCACGCUAAAAAAAUUUCUGAAGGAAUUUCUCUCACCAUACAUCAAACAUUUUCGGUCUUAAUUUCCAUUUUAAAUUCCAACACUAAAAAUAUUUACGAAAUAGCUACAGGAGCCGGCAAAACUGCAAUAAUUAGUUGUGUCGCAGCAUUUCAUGCUUUGCACAUGCGCACCGUAGACAUUUAUACGUCAAGCCUGGAACUAGCUCAAAGAGAUAUGAGACUCCAUGAGAAGUUUCUUGAAAUCCUUGACAUAACUGUUAGCUGCAACGUGGAUAGUUUUCCUUACUCGUCCGGAACAAAAAACUGUUACAUAAAAAACAAAAAACAAAUUGACAUCGUCUACGGAACUGUCUCCCAAUUUUGCUUUGAUUUCAUAAGACACAAAUAUUUUUUCCUUGACACUUUGGGAAACAGAGUAGGAGAAAAGGUAAUCCUUGACGAAGCUGAUAACCUUCUGAUCGAUGAGUUUUUAACAACCGCAAAACUUUCUGCUGUCACGCCAGGAAUGGAUUUAUUCAAAACGGUGUACUUUCUCCUUUGGGAAAAGUUUUUGUAUCUGCUAAAAAUGUGUUUUAAAUGCAAAGACGACUAUUAUCGUAUUAAGGAAGGAUUCUACCUGGUUAAGAAUGAUGAAAAAUGUUUAUUAGUAAAUAAUGGCCAAGUUUGUGUACCUGAUUGGGAACUUUUUUUAAGAACUGCUGGAUCCGGAGAUAUACAAGAAAUUGGCAUCCUACUUCCAGACGUAGUUGAUUGGUUGAAAAAUUAUCUAGACCAAUAUUUAAGGUGUUUGCUCCUGAAUGAAAUAGCCGAAGCUGGCAUCUGUGGUGAAAAUGAGAGGUUCGUCAUCCCCGAAUAUUUUAAACCCUUUGUUAAAAGACAAAUCCCAAACUGGGUGGAGUCUUGCAUGGCUGCUAGUUCUUUUAAAAACUUACGUGAUUACGUAGUCGAGGAAGAUAAAGUGAUUCCCGUAGAUUACCUAAAUACUGGCGAUAUCCGUAACAUGUCGCAAUGGGGGAAUGGAUUGCAACAAUUUUUACAAAUUGAUAACAAAGUUAAUCUAGAUGCGGAAAGUUUACCGAGUAAUUUCCUCUCAGUGCGGGCCUGUCUUAAGAAAUAUGGCGAUAACAUAACCGGUUACACGGGUACGAUAGGUGGCACAGAAACGCAAUCUUUUAUGAAAACUGUUUACGGCAUUGAUUCCAUAAAAGUUCCAGAACCUUAUAAAAACCGGAGAAAAAAGUUGGAAACUAAGACCUAAGGUAAAAAAGAAUGGAGUAAUUUCAUUAAAAAGU